GUAAAAACAGGAAGUAUCACGAGACUGACUUGAUUACUAGUAUAUAAUUUUCAGUUUCAGAAAACAUCCUUCAACCAAUCUAAAUCAUUCAGUACAAGGAAAGUCCCUUAACCAACAAAGGACAAUGCUGAUAAAUGCAAUUGUUAAUUUUCUAUUUGUGUCAACUUGCCUUAGUGUUAAAAUGGAUGCCGAUUUAAAAUUAUCCUCCGUGUGUAUUUUUAAUACUCAGUGCCGGUGCUCAAAUGCGACAGGAACAUCGCAAUUACAUGUUGAUUGUGCGAACGGUAAACUAACAGAAAUUCCCAAAGUUCCACGAAAUGUUUACAUUUUAAACCUGCAACAUAACUGUAUAUUGGAAAUAGAGGACAACGUAUUUCAAAGUUUAACGAAUCUAUACAUGUUGGAUUUAUCAGAUAAUAAGAUUAAUCUUUUGAAAUUACACUCUUUUAAGGGAUUGAGAGAACUCAAAGUAUUAAACUUAAAUGACAAUCCAAUAGCGUAUGAAAUGUUUCCAAACGGUGUUUUUAUCCCGUUAGUCUCUCUUAAACAUCUGUGCAUUAAAAGUACAACUAAAAAGGUUAGUAAAAGUACAAAAGUGAUCUCGGAUCAAGCAAUAUCAGACUUGAAGACAUUGGAGAAAUUGGAAUUAGACGUUCCUAUACAAUCCGCCACACAUAUUAUAUUUGGAGACGGAUAUAAAUAUUUAAAGCAUCUUAUUUCUCUCAAUAUCGGAAGAUGUUAUUAUCCAGUAUACAUUGAUGAAAAAACUUUCCAGUUUCUUCCACAUUUGACAAACAUUUCUUUUGACAAUCAGUGUGAUAUGUUUAUCAUCUCGGGUGGACACCAAAGUCUACAAAGCACAAGACAACUUUACGUGCACCGUUUAGUAAACAAUUUGGUACAAGAUUUACUACAGUUUGAUAGUCUGACAAAGGAGCUGAAACUGACACCAAUAGAAACUUUGUCAUUUGAAAACACCUUUUCGUGUAGUUUUGAAUAUUAUCCAUGGAAUCCAAUAAGUUUAAAUUUAAACAUCUCGUCUCUAAAGAAUCUGAGAAUGACCGACAAUAGACUUGGUGAAAGCUUUCCACCGUCUAAACUUUAUCCACCUCCUCCAAGUUUACAAGAACUGAAUCUUUCCAGUAAUAAACUCGAGAAGUUUGCGUUAGAUUUAGAGAAUAUUCGAAAUCUAAGUCUACAAAAUAAUUAUCUAGGAAGAUUUCUAAGUACUCGCAGUUAUAAAAUGUCAAAACAAUCUAGCAGGCUAGAGUUCAUAGAUUUGUCGAUGAAUGGUAUUGAAAAUCUAACAUUUGUAUUAUUCAAGGGACAGCCAAAUUUAAAAUAUAUCAAUCUGAAUGAUAACAAGCUGCAAAAGGUUACUUUUGAUGUUUCUCAAUUGAAAAGUCUUCGGUAUUUGGAUUUAUCAAGCAAUAAUUUUACGACAUUAGACGAGAAAGCUAUGGCAAUGUUCGAUGGCCUGUCUAAAAUUACCCAUUUCACAGUUAAUUUACAAAAAAAUGCAUUGCGAUGUACCUGCAACACACUGCCGUUUUUAAAGUGGAUUUUCAAAACGAAAGUUGAUUUGCUGCUUAACGAAAAGUGUAAUUUAGAAGAUGGGACUGGUUUUAGUUUCUACCCAAUAAACUCAUUAAUACAGCAAGUACAGAAUGGAUGUACGUCAUAUACAACCUUAGUCAUAGCGUUGUCUGUAGGCUUGGCAGUCAUGUUGACCGUUAUUGUUUUGGCUUUAGUGUAUAAAUACAGAUGGAAACUUCGAUACAUGUUUUACCUUGCCAAAAGGAAACACUACAAUUACAAGGCUUCCAUAGACAACGGGGAAUACACGUACGAUGCUUUUAUCUCGUAUUGUGAUGAUGAUAGAGCAUUUGUAUUACAAGAUUGCAUUGCAAACUUAGAAACUGAAGGGAAUGCUAAAUUAUGCGUGCACCAACGAGACUUCCUACCAGGCCAAGAGAUAACAGUCAAUAUUACAAACGCUAUACAUGACAGCAGAAAGACGGUUUGCAUAAUAACAAGAAAGUUUUUUGAGUCUUACUAUUGUAUGUUUGAAUUCAACAUGGCCCGAAUGGAAAACAUUUAUUCUCGGGAUGGACGAAAUAUUAUUUUUCUAGUAUUUCUAGAGCAAAUUCAACCAAAAGAAAUGCCACUUAUGAUGCUUGAACUUAUAGAGAAACAGUCUUACAUCGAAUAUCCCAAUGACGAAGAAGGAAAUAUUGUGUUCUGGGAUAAAAUUCAAGAAGCUAUUCAUUCAUGACAUAACUAUUAAAGUUUUUUUCUAGUCUCUACUUUACCUGAAGGACCCGAGUAAAAAGUGUUGUGUAAGUUGAA